CAGCCUUCGUUGUGAUGCUUGAUGUUCUACUGCUGUCCUGUUCUGCUUUAAACUGCCUGACCUAUUUUCUAUAUUGUCAUCCUGUACCACUAGUAAAGACAAAAGGCUGGCAAAAUUCAAAUAGCGUCUGUCAGAGAUGUACAUAACUAGACUGGUUUUAACUGGCUGAGUGUAGAGUGGGCAGUCUGAAUUAUCCUUUGGUUGGAGUGACCUGUAGUUUGGUGUCUAGUUUGCAAGCCUGGUGAACGUGCAGAGAGCAUUACCAUCAAGCAGAAGAGAAGGUUAGCCCCAAGAAACUUUCUUCAGGUUCUCAAAUCACUUGCUGCUAUUUCCAGAUGUGUAUGAAUGUUUGACGUGGAGCUCUGGAUUGGAGUGGAUUCUCUGUUGUAGGAGAGGGGAAGGAUAAACUAUGGGGAAGUUCUUUCUGGAGUCGUGGUCAUAACAAGUAAGGACACAGUCCAGCACCAGGGUAUUUCGUUAACAAUGGAAGGAUCAGUAAAUCUGCAGCUUAGCGCCAAAAGUGUGGGUGUGUUCGAAGCUUUCUAUAACUCUGUCAAGCCUAUUCAAAUUAUUAACAGCACUAUUGAAAUGGUGAAACCAGGGAAACUUCCCAGCGGCAAGACAGAAAUUCCAUUUGAAUUUCCAUUGCAUAUGAAGGGGAACAAAGUUCUGUAUGAGACAUAUCAUGGUGUCUUUGUUAACAUUCAGUAUACCCUACGGUGUGAUAUGCGACGUUCUCUGCUGGCAAAAGACCUAACUAAGACUUGUGAAUUCAUUGUCCACUCACUGUCACAGAAAGGGAAACUGAUGCCAAGCCCAGUAGACUUCACAAUUACUCCUGAAACUUUGCAAAAUGUUAAAGAGAGAGCUUCACUUCCAAAAUUUCUCAUCAGAGGUCAUCUCAGUUCUACAAACUGUAUCAUUACACAGCCACUAACAGGGGAGCUGGUAGUGGAGAAUGCAGAGGCUGCAGUCAAAAGUAUUGAGCUGCAGUUAGUACGUGUGGAAACCUGUGGGUGCGCAGAAGGUUAUGCCAGAGAUGCCACAGAGAUACAGAAUAUUCAGAUUGCUGAUGGGGAUGUCUGCCGGGGCCUACCAAUUCCUAUAUAUAUGGUGUUUCCCAGGUUGUUCACCUGCCCUACCCUGGAAACGACGAACUUCAAAGUUGAGUUUGAAGUCAACAUUGUUGUCCUUCUGCAUGAUGAUCAUCUCAUCACAGAGAACUUCCCACUGAAGCUCUGCAGGAUGUAAAUAGCCAGAGGAGAAGUACUUUAGGAUUUACUGAAAAAGGACAAAAUUCUUCAGAAGUAAAGUGAAAUUUUAUCCAUGUCUUAUUUUAACUGAAAACACAUCACUUCCUUCUCCCUGCUGGUAGUUUUUGUGCUUUCAGUUCUCUAAAUCUUGUAAGACUUUGCCUGCCUUGCAAUAGCCUACAUGCCAGCCAACCAGCUUUGUCAGGUAAUUGUUCUGACUUCAACAACCAUGUUUUCCCCAAUUUUUUCCAAACAAAUCCUGAAGGAAUUCUCCUUGUUUUGUAAUACUUGCUCCAAAUUCCUUUAAAGACCUCUUAAGUCUGGUUAUACAUGGUGUAUAUAUACUGGGGGGAGGUAUGGGACUUGUCAUAUAAUACUGAGUAGUGUCUUUGCAGGUAUAAUAAAUGGUGCUACAACAAUGCAA